GAGCUUCGGCUUCAAUCUCCGCUUUCUGCGAUAUAUCUCAAUUGCUUUAUUGUCAUCUCAAUUAUUAUCUUCCCUUUUGUUCGAUUCUGCGCAUUACUUGCGUGCAUGAUACCCCAAUAGAGAAGCAGCAAUAAAAAUCCACCGCCGCAAUGCGAUUGACCGUCGAACUUAUUCAGAAUUCCCUUUCCUACAUCAAUCCGCUCAAGGAUCGCGAGCUAGACCUUCGAGGGCACAAGAUUCCCACCAUUGAAAACCUGGGUAUUGCAAAGGACCAAGAUGCGAUCGACUUUACGGAUAACGAUAUCUCCUCCCUGGGGAAUUUCCCUUUCUUUCCUCGUCUCCACACCCUCCUUCUUGCACGCAAUCGGGUGAAGCAUAUUCAGCCGACGAUAGCUUCCACCAUUCCCAACCUGACGACGCUGGUACUCACGGCGAACAAUAUGUCCGAGUUGGCGGACUUGGACCCCCUCCGAAACUUGACACGCUUGACUCAUCUGGUGUUACUGGAGAACCCCGUUACACGGAAAGAGCACUACCGAUACUGGGUGAUCUGGCGGAUACCAAGCGUCCGAUUCCUCGACUACCAGAAAGUGAAAGACGCGGAGCGGGCAAAGGCGAAGGAGCUAUUUGGUACUGCCGAAGAACCCACAGCUCUCGCGUCCAAGAUUAUGGGCAUCAAAUCUCGUACCUUUGAUGUACCGUCUGGCGGCGCUGAGCGAGCACCGGCAGACAAGGCUGUUAGGGUCAAGCUGACCGAGAAGGAGAGGAAGCGGGUCGAAAAGAUGAUCCGUGAGGCGAGGAGUCUACAGGAGAUUACUAGACUGGAGAAGGAAUUGAACGAAGGGCGGAUACCCGGAGGUGCUCUUGAUGCCGGUGAGGACAGCGACGAGGAGAAUCAGAUGCAGAUGUGAAUGCGGACCGGCGUUGAGGUUCACUUGUUCUAUUACGGGAUUUGUGUUCGAAUAUGUUUUUGAAGGCUCUGUCUGCAUGAGGCACAUGUCUGGUUUUAGUGGGUUCUCUUUUACUCGGAGUUAUUUAUGCGUGUUCCUCGGCAGCACAAUACAAAAGCUCUUUAAGUCGAGCAUACUAGAUUGAU